AGAUUUUCACCCACACAGUAAUCAUCUCCGGCACCCUUCUCCAGCGAGACUCCAUUCCCAGCCUCGCCGAUCGCCGUCAGCCCACCUCCCUCACUAUCACCGUAACCCCCCAAAACCCCCAUAUUCCGCCACCGCUAUUGCACCCAACCAGAACCAAGCUCGCUCUCUCUCUCUCUCUCUCUCUCUCUCUCUCUCUCAUCCAUCCGACAUCCUCCGACCACCGCAACUCUUGCCCCUCCGCCGUCUUCGACGCACCCUAUGCCCCCAUGGAAUCCCAGCAACUUCCAUGGCCACUCGAGUUAGAAGAUACAACCGAAAGCAAAGCGGUGGCCUGUCACGACUCAUGAGUUGGUAUGCCCCACUCACCUGAACUUGUUCUGCAUCUCCUCCAACGUUUCAUCAAACACCCCAACCAAAUCAAACAACUCCAUUCCCGCUUAAUCACCAACGCUCACCUCCUCCACAAUCCACACAACACUUCCUCCUCACAUCUCAAAUGGAAGACCACCCUCCUCUUUAACGCCUUGAUCAGAGCCUAUCUCAACAUUUUUCAACCCCACAACACCUUCCUCCUCUUCACCCACAUGCUCGCCCACCAAGCCCCACCCAACGCCCACACCUUCUCUUUCCUUCUCAAAGCCGCCUCCUCUUCACCGUCCUUGUCUUCCUAUCUCUGCAAGCCACUCCACACCCAAGCCAUCAAGCGAGGCAUAUCAAGCGACCCAUUCGUACAGACAUCGUUUCUCAGUUUGUAUGCACAGAUUGGUAAUCUUUCUGAUGCCCGCAACGUGUUUGAUGAAAUGCCUGAACCGUGUGUUGUAGCUUGCAAUGCGAUGCUCGAUGCGUUUGGCAAGAAUGGGGAUUUGGGUUCGGCUAUUUGGCUCUUUGAACGCAUGAAUGUGAGAGAUGUUGUUUCGUGGACGAGCAUGAUUAAUGGGUUUGGGAGGAAUGGGUACUUUGCGGAGGCAAUUUGGUUUUUUGAGAAGAUGAUGGUGGAUGAGGAGGUAAUGGGGGGUAUUGUGAAGCCCAAUGAAGCUACAUUUGUUAGUGUCUUGUCUUCAUGUGCUAAUAAUUGUGAUGGAGGAGGAGCUCUGUAUCAAGGAAAGCAAGUUCAUGGGUUUAUUAUCAAGAAUGAGAUUGAAUUGACUGUUUUUAUGGGAACGGCUUUGAUAGAUCUAUAUGGAAAGGCGGGUUGUUUAGGAUAUGCUACCAAAGUUUUUAGUAGAAUGGCGGUUAAAGAGGUGUGCACUUGGAAUGCAAUGAUUUCUUCACUAGCUUUAAAUGGUAAGGAGAAGCAAGCAUUAGACACGUUCGAAAAGAUGAAGUUAGAAGGAUUGAAGCCCAAUGAGGUUACAUUUGUUGCAAUUCUCACCGCUUGUGCUCAUGCUGAGCUUGUGGAGUGGGGUAUGGCAUUGCUUCGAUCAAUGUUGCAUGAAUUCAACAUUAUUCCAAGGAUGGAGCACUAUGGUUGUGUAGUUGAUCUCUUGGGCAGAGCUGGGCUUUUGAGUGAAGCAACUGAGUUUAUAAGUACGAUGCCUUUUGAACCAGAUGCCUCUGUUUUGGGGGCUCUUUUGGGUGCUUGUAAGGUUCACGGUGCCACUAAGUUGGCUAAUGAAGUAGCGAGAAAGCUGGUUGAGUUGCAACCACGGCAUUGUGGGCAAUACGUGCUAUUAUCAACCAUUUAUGCUGAGGCUGAGAGGUGGGAACACGCCACUGCUUUGAGGAAAGCAAUGGCGGAGGUUGGAAUUCGAAAAGUUCCAGCUUAUAGUAUGAUUGAGUCUGCGUAAGGAUUUGUUGAGAUUUGGUUCCCUGCUUUGAGUUUUCAGAUGGUUAAAUCUUUGGGAAAGACAAGCAUUUUUAUGAUUUGUAGAAUCGUAAUAUGAUCGACACAGUGUCAUAUCAUUCUAACUGUGAAAGCCUAAAAUCCCAGUUACUUGGCGUCAGCUACAAAAGUUAUUGUUUGAUAGGGAGUGAGUGCUUACUGUGCGUUAGGAAGAAAUUAAAAUUGAGUGAAGCUCACAAUUCAAAGACUCCAGCUGGGCUGUAAAGUUGCUGUAGAGGCAAAUUAAGCAAUGAGGUUUUACAAGAAAAAUUUGGAAGAUCAAUGGAACUCACAAAAUCAGCGGCUCAGAUAUUAUCAGGCUUGAAGACUGGCACUCCACAACCACAUGAUCUGUCGAGUUCUAUCAAUGCAGCCUACCAAGUCCCUGGUUGCAGCUAUGAGUAUGGUACCCAAUGGGGUAGAGAGGUGAAACCCAUUUCAAAAAUGCUACAUACCUCAAAAAAAAACACAACCCCACCACCUCACUCAUCCAUGAUUGGUCCAGAAAAGAAAGAAAAAUAAAAAAUAAAAAAGUAAAAGUACAUGAUUAGUUCACAUCAUUUAGGAGUCAUGAGAGUCCCAAUUUCGGGGGUCCCAAGCAUUUUUGCUUUGAAUGAUUUCAAUUGAAUAAUAUUAUAAAUUUACCGUUAUCAACUCAUAAAUUAUCCAAAAUUUUUAUUUUAUGGUUUAGUUUUAUCUUAUA